UAACCCGACUUGGAACGAGAACGACCCGAACGAUUAUCCCAUUCCCUGCUUCUCUACGGAAUCCUAAACCUAAACCCCUCUUUUGAAAAUUGGGGCUAAAUCAAUUUCCAAUCUUCCAUCGUCCUACAAACCCUAAUUCGGAGGAACCAGACCCAAAUUCUUGCCCAGCAUGAAGAGAGCAAUUCCAUGGAGUGAUGAGGAAGGAGAUUCGGAUUCCUCAUCUGGGCAGUCAUCAGAUUCACCACCCUCCAAGAAAACAGCUUCACAAGGGAAAUCUGGGAAGCCAAAGAGCAAAGUUGUGGACUUUGAGGCACUGAAGCAACAUGGCUACAAAGGUGGGCCAUCGGUGCUGGCUGUGCCGCCACCGAGAGAGCCGGAGCAGGAGCCGAACUGGUCUUGGGCUACCGGCAGGGAGGACGGUAAGGACAGCAAGCCCGGAACCAAGAAAACCGAGGAAGAAGAAGAAUCUUAUGAAGAGCGACAGAAGACGAGGGCUGCAUUGGCCUCGGGAGAGAAGCUUGAAACUGCGCUGACCCGGAGCGAUAAGCGAAACCUGUCCUUCUCGCAGAAGGAGAAGAGGAAGAGAGAGCUUGGGCAGGCAAGCAGGGGGAAGAACUAUGUUGAAGAAGAGAAGAGGUUGCUGAGGGAGAGUGGUGUUUACUCUGGUUUUGAUGCUUAGGAACUCUAUACUGUAAUUUGUAAUUUGUCAUUGAUUUUCCCUUGGAUUCGAAAUGACGCUUUCGACGAAAACUUUCUGGGUUUGUUCAAAACAAUCUCUUUCACUUAUCUUAAAUACAAAACUGAUCGUAUUUUUGCAAA